AUGGAAGAUGAUUCUCACGCGAUUGCUGUCGGUCUUGGAGUUGGUCUUGGUGGAUUUGUCGGAUUUAUUGUUAUUGGUUGUGUUCUCUGGAAGUUUUGCUGCGGAUAUUGCUGUGAAAAGAACAAUGUGAAGUCGACAGCCGUGCAAAUUCCACUACGAGGACAGCGAAUACAUAGGACUGAACCACCCUACGCAAUUCAAACUCAUACUACGCGCUUUGUCACAGCAGAUUAA